CCUCCCAUGAGGAGACAUCACGACAAAUGCUCAAUUUCCAAUCAUAGAUCAACUUCGCCGAGAUGAGGACUGGGCGGCCAUAUGGAUCGCAUCGAUACCCUGCAUGCGCACUAUGCCAUCAACGUCGGUCACGCUGUGUCAUCGACAUUCCAGGCCAAUCCUGCUCUCACUGUCGCAGACGUGGCAUAGUAUGUUCGUUAGCAGGCAUGAAGAAUCAUUCUGGGGUGAAAGUCGGCUUCACCCACCGCUCACUCCUAGCCGACGAUCAUUCUCUGGACUACCAAGCUCGAGUUGUCGGCCCCGUUGUUGCACGCGACACCCAGGUUCUUGACCAGCAUUAUCCGCAUCAGCGUAUCCCAGAAGAUUACAACAAGCCGCAGGAAAUGCCUAUUUUGUCGGUUCCGAGUGAACGGGAAUCUCGAGAAGCCGUCUAUGUGAUGCGCCUUCCCCCCCGAGUUCCAAGUCCAAUAGGUUUCACACAGUACUCGAACGACCUGUCCGAAAAGCUACUGGCCCAAGUGGAACCUUUCUUGGAUAAGUUAUUGGCCAAUUACUUUGACAAACUGGCACCGUGCUACCCUCUCACCGAUGAAGACUAUAUUUUGAUGCGAAUCAAGAAUCACAACACUCCACCGAAGAUAUUUCUACUCCUCCUUGUCUCCCACGCACUAUUUUACUGGGACACCUGUCCGGCACUCCGCACAUAUACUCGGCCAGAUCAAGAUGUUGCCUGGCAGAUCUCCGCCAUGUCCAAUGCCAUGAACGUACACGGAGGAGAUCUUGCCACUAUUGGAGCCAUCUGUCUUGGUGUAGCUGGGCGACCGUAUCAAAGUGUAAUCCACAACGCAGGCAACGUGGCACGUGCGGUGGCAGUGGGACACAUGAUCGGGCUCAACCAUGACUGCAUGGGAUGGAAGACCGCUAGCGACAUAGAGAAAAGCAUGCGCUGGAAGAUCUGGUGGGCCGUCCUUAUCCAGGAUCGAUGGUUCAAUUUCGCCCAAGGCGUGCCUAACUAUAUCACCAAAAGCCAAUGUGAUGUCCCUCUACCAACCAUGAGACUACUAAUCACCCAAGCUCGAAGCGGAUCCUUGGACCACAUCCGCGCCUCUGAAGUCUAUAUUCAAUUAUGUCGGCUGACAGAAAUACUCGGUGACAUAUUGCCACUGAUCUACCAGGUUCGCGCUGGCGCUGAUGAAGAGAUGAUCGCCAGCCAGAUAGCUCGGUCAGAAAUAGAGCUUGACCAGUGGGUUGAAAUCCAACCAAGUUGGCUACAGAUUGACGACCUCUGCGAUCGGUCUUCCAUCCCAGGCGUGCGAAAUCUACAACUCUCCUAUCUCUCAGUGAGAAUGCUACUUCAACGCGUUGCAUGGCAUGAGACUACUCGAUAUCAGCGCGAGUCAGAGCCAGUAUCAUCAUUGCUAUCUCGGUGCCAAAUGGCAGCGGACGAUAUCGUCCGGUUCGUCAUGUCGUUAGACAAGAAUGACCUGAUGGGGUUCUGGCUCCCAUACAACGCCCAACAUUUCACCUCAGCUGUGACACUGCUACUCCGGUGCGCACUUCAGACAAGUGACAGUCACACGCAGGUCCAUUGCAUGACCAGCGCGCGGACAUUAGUUGAUUGCCUACAAAAAUACCACGACGAGGACAAAUGGGACCUCGCCGAGCUCUGCCUGGUGCAAACUCGGACGGUUCUGAAACGAAUUGAGGAUGCGCGCCCCCUAAAGCCGGCCAAAAGUAGCACCGCUCCUCCGAUAAUGGAAUCCGUCGUCCACGAUCAAAACAGCUACGAGCGAAACUAUAUGGACAAUCCUCUACAAGAGGAGAUUAUAUCAGGAGAUGUUUUCGACGCCCUACAGGAGGGUGCGACUAGCCUUCAAGAUCUCUUCCCAGAGCUAUUCCCAGACUGGAUCAACGAUAACUCUGCUGCUGGGGAGAACUUCUUCACAUUCAACGACUAG